UCUCAGUGUCACUUACUCACCAAAAUUGUGUUCCCUCCCUUAGCUAAAAAAUUAGGUCAUUCUCCCACCCAAAUCGUCUCAGCCUCUCUCACUCACCAUUGCUCUCAGCCUUGCUCUCACUCACCAUCAACACCCCUCACCCUCAAUCCCGUUCACCCUUUCACCCUCUUCGAGCCUCUCAGCCUCUAUCUCCUCACUCUUGCUCUCACUCACACUCGAUACACUCUCAGUGGGCUGUCUCCGUCGAUUGAGACUCACCCUCGUUCUUCUUGGUUUAAAUCUUCUGGGUUUCAUUACUCAUCUUUGUUCUUAAAGACUUCACCCUUCUAUUUCUCUCCCUUCCAAUUCAAGACCUUUUUUAUUCUUCUUCACCUUUUCGCACCACUGUUGCUCUGAAACUUUGAUGGGUUCUCUCUAAUUCCAACUCUUCCGAGGUCUUUCUGGAGCUGCUGAGCUUUUUGACUUGAGGGGGCUCAAAGCCUCCGAUAUAGCAGACCCACUCAGGCAAAGAUUGAAGCACAGAGAGAAGACUGCGAUUCACACAGAUUUUAAGAUGACGAUGGCGGAGCUGAAUCUGCUAACCACCUGCACUUGUUAAUCCACAGAGGAGAGACUCUUCCUUCUUCCUCUCUCAACCCAAUUGCGUCUUCUACGGCCAACUUGCUUCCAGAAAUGAAGCCCCCAAUUUGAGAGAAGCUUGUGAAAGUGCUUUGAACGAGAAACAUGAUGAUUUUCAGAUGGAAGGGUUUGUGGAUGAAGCUAGCACUACACAUAUGGAACAGUUAGAGGCUUUUGGAAGAGUGUUUGAGAAAGCUGCAGAAGCUGACACAGCAAGUUGGUGACUUAUGUUGAAGUUGCCGGGUGGAUCUUCUUGGACAUUGGAUGUGUUCACUGAAGCAUUUGUUGGAAAGUUGAAGUCAUUUGCUGAUAAGAUUUUUGGCUUGAAAAGUAUAGCUGCAUAUCGCAGCGGUCUGGAAAUUAGUACACAUGUCACUAGGAAAGAUGUUGAGGAAGGUCUUUCUGAGGUCAUACAGGCUGGAAAGCCUGUUCGCAUAUCAAAUAAAAGUUUUAUCGACUAUAUUUUCACUCGUAGUUUGGAGGUUGCUCUACUUUUUGACUUGCCAAUGCAGAUACAUACAGGUUUUAGCGACAAAGAUUUGGACUUGAGGCUAUCCAAUCCCCUUCAUCUCCGGGCUGUGCUUGAGGCCAAGAGAUUUUCUAAAAGUCGCAUUGUUCUUUUACAUGCAUCCUACCCGUUUUCGAAGGAAGCAUCAUAUCUAGCCUCUGUUUAUCCCCAGGUCUAACUCGACUUUGGCUUGGCUAUACCCAAGCUCAGUGUCCAAGGGAUGGUAUCUUCACUAAAAGAACUUUUGGAGCUUGCUCCAAUUAAGAAGGAAACAGUACAGAGAGUUAGAGAAUUAGUUCAGUUUGGGGAUUUCAGCUUCUUCAAAGUUUGUGGUUACGUUUUGGUUGGACAUGAAUAGCUAGUACUUUGAAUUGAUAUGUAAGAAAUAGCUAGUACUUUGAAUUGAUAUGUAAGAAAUACUUCAUACAAUUGGGUACCCUAUGUGUAGUUUCGGUGUGUUUUGGCAAUGUAUGACAAUGAUGUGCUAGUAAAUGACAUUUGAACUAAUUUGUAUUUCAUAUUUGCCUAUUUCCAGAAA